AAUUCGGUUCUAGUUCAAACAGCGAACUUUUAUUCUAUAACAAUGAAGCAGCUAGCACAUUUGCUGCUGCUUAUUUUUGUUACUCAAAUAUAUGUCCUAGAAGCAAAAAACAAUAAUGACGAAACGGAGUACGAUUCUGCUUUUAGUAGAGAUGGCAUAGUAUUUAGCGUGGGCAAAAUGAAUUGGUUUGCCGCCUAUGGUUUCUGUACUCAACUUGGCAUGGAACUGCUUACACUGGAGUCGUCAGUUGAUAACCGAGAAUUCCAAAAAAUGGUCCAACAUUACAAGUUGCAGAAUAAAAAUUACUGGUUAGCUGCCAAUCGUUUGGAAGACAAUACAACAUUCCGUUGGGGCUUAAGAGGUCGGCCACUCUCUUUUGAAAACUGGCAGUUGGGCCAACCUGAUAAUAAGGGCGGUAACCAACGCUGUUCAAGACUGUAUGUGGACCACCAAUGGGAUGAUGUAGAUUGCUUCACGGAGUUUCCUGUCAUAUGUCAUUACUGAAAAGCCAAUAAAUAAUUAUGUAUCUGC